CAGCAGAUGCUGAAAUGAUACCAACCAUCCCACCAGUGCUACCUGUGGCUGACUCGCCACCGCUGAGUCGUAGAGCCGAUGUUCCUUGGCCCAGCCCGUCAGAAGACUGGCCCACGAUGAGGCUCGUGAACGGGACCGGAAGGUGCUCUGGACGGGUGGAAGUUUUCUACCAGGGCACCUGGGGGUCGGUGUGUGGUGACGGCUGGGGUCUGGAGGAGGCGCAGGUGGUGUGCAGGCAGCUUGGGUGUGGCUGGGCGGUGUCUGCCCCACUGGGUUCCCACUUCGGCCCCGGCUUUGGGAAAAUCCUCCUGGACAACGUGCACUGCAGCGGUGAGGAGAGCCACCUGGCCCUGUGUGCCCACGACACCUGGUUCACUCACAGCUGUGGCCACGAAGAGGACACCGGAGCCAUCUGCUCAGGUUCUCUAGUGGCUGCCUACUCCCCUCCAGAAACAGAAUUAUCAUCGUCUUCAUCA